AUGACCAAAUCCUCAGUGCUUUCACCAGGUGUCCGCAAAAACGACCCGGGUAUCGUAUCAGCAUGCCUUUCCCUGUCCAUCCAUUUCUCGCCGGCCUUUUCCAAGAUGCGGAAACUGGAUUCUUCCUCUCGAUUGGCUCGUCUCCGUGACGAACUCCGGAAGCGCAACUUGGACGCCUACUUUCUGCCAAUGGAGGAUAGCCAUUGUAGCGAGUAUCUGACAGCUACGGAUAAGCGAAUUGCCUUCAUUUCUGGGUUUACCGGAUCUGCGAGCACAGCCGUAAUAACUACGGAUUAA